CCUGGAAGGAAGGAAGGAAGGAAGGAAGCUGUAAGAGACCUGAAUGAGGGAAUGAGUCAAGGUGGCAAAACUGACUGUGCCUGGUAAGCAGUGAGAUGGGGACAAAAGGGUGGCCGGCUUCUGUGAACUCACUUCCCAGGCUCCAAACCAGAUCUCCUGGGCUUCAUUGGGAGUGGCAGGGCUAAGAACAAGGUAUGGGGGACCCAGAAGGGCCUGACCCCCUCCCCUUCCUCCCUCCCCGGGCAGCCUUUUGCGGUGUGGCCUCCCAAGCACGCAUCACAGGUGGUAACAGUGCAACCCCUGGCCAGUGGCCCUGGCAGGUCAGCAUCCUCUUUGAUGGCACUCACGUGUGUGGCGGUUCUCUCGUGUCUGAGCAGUGGGUACUGUCGGCUGCCCACUGCUUUCCAAGGGAGCACCACAAGGAUGACUACGAAGUAAAGCUAGGGGCCCACCAGCUGGACUCCUACACCCCUGCGGCCGAGGUUCGCACCGUGGAAAAGGUCAUUCCCCACCCCAGCUACCGCCAUGAGGGCUCCCAGGGGGACAUCGCACUGCUCCGUCUCAGCAGCCCCAUCACCUUCUCCCGCUACAUCCGGCCCAUCUGCCUCCCUGCAGCCAACGCCUCCUUCCCCAACGGCCUCCAAUGCACUGUCACUGGAUGGGGCCACGUGGCCCCCUCAGUGAGCCUCCAGGCCCCCAGGAUACUACAGCAACUUGAGGUGCCACUGAUCAGUCGGGAGACAUGUAACUGCUUGUACAACAUCAAUGCCAAGCCUAAUGAGCCCCACUCUAUCCAGCAGGACAUGGUGUGUGCUGGCUAUGUAGAGGGGGGCAAGGAUGCCUGCCAGGGUGAUUCUGGGGGCCCACUCUCCUGCCCUGCUGGGGGCCUCUGGUACCUGGCAGGCAUUGUGAGCUGGGGUGAUGCCUGUGGGGCCCCCAACAGGCCUGGCGUGUACACUCUGACCUCCAGCUAUGCCUCCUGGAUUCACCACCAUGUAGCGGAGCUCCGGCCUCAGGUGGUCCCCCCGCUCCAGGAGUCCCAGCCAGACAUCAACCUCUGCAGAAACCACGUGGCCUUCAGCUCUGCUCCAGGCCAGGGUUUGCUGGGGCUCACCCUUUUGCUAUCACUAGCCCUGAUCCUGGGCCUCCUCUAGCCAUGGUGGGAGCACUGAGCUACUCACCCUGGGGGUUGACCCUGUUUCCAGAACUGCCCUAUUGUACACAAGGACAGACGCCUGUUCCCAGGAAUGGACCUGGCCCCUCCCUGACACUGUUUGGGCCUGAGGCUCUAGUCACUCCUUCCUCCCAGGACCCUGUAGGAGCUCAGGGCACCAUCAUGACCUUUGAGUCCACACUUCUGGGUUUGUUCUUUGGGACUUUAACCCAGAGCCAGUUUUACUGCCUGUGCUACUGGCUAGAACCUCUGGCCUCCUGCUGUCCACAAGCCUAUUGGUUGGGCUCCUAUGGAGCUCCCAAGGAGCCUUAGCUAAGAAAAUGGGCCCUGGCUCUUAUGUUUCUGGAAGACUGGGCAGCUGCCCAGCUGACUGCUGCUGAAGGGCUGGCUCCCCUGCCCGACAUGCUCUGCCUGAUGAGCCCCAUCACUUUGCCCUCCUGUUGUCUUCUGGGUUGGAGUUGCCUCUGAGCAGCAUGUUUCCAAGGACACAAAAGGCCCCAAUCUUGCCCCAUUGGCUGCCAAGCCCCCACUGCACCCUGAUUUCUGGACUCCGGAGGACUGAGCCCCCACCGGAACUGGGCUUGAGCUUGGAUCUGGGGUAGAGGGUAGAAGGAGCAAGAAGGAAUAAAAUGUUUUGAGCAUAA